UGAAACUUACGAAACCCUGUCAGUCUUCUUUCCGAGUUUAGUAAAUGAGUGAUAUUGUGGAUAACUGGGCCAGAAGAGGAGACUUUAUUUCCUCCCUCCGCCCUCCUCCUCAGUCUUGGGGAUCCGAUCGAGCCGGAUCCAGUCAGCGGACUUCUUGGUGCGAGAUAAUCGAGACUUGAUGCGAGUUAAUGAGGCGGAGAUGCGGGGGGACAAACUCAGAAGCCCUGCUGUCCGCCACCGACAGCAGGUGUGGACCGACUGACACGCCGGGAGCUCCAGGGGAACACGGGUCAGUCCGAAGUUUGGCUAAACGGCUAAGCUGCUAAUAAAAGCUUUGGUUGGCCGCCCGCGGUUCUUCUUCUUCUUCUCCGUCCCAGUCGUCGUCAUGGAGUCCGGCCAGAGCGCGCAGAGCGCCGACAUGGCGGGCGAGCACACGGCCGGAGUCAGCGUGUUGGAGCGGGACAGGGGCGAAGUGUCCAGCCCCUGUCCGCCCGCCAAGCAGCGCUCCCUGCGGGUCGUCUACGUCCUGAACGACGGCAUGAAGGCGGUGAUGGCGAGCAGCCCGGAGUCCGGAGCCCUGCAGUGCCUACAGCGGGCCUGCGACUCCGAGAGCGCCCUGCUCACCACCGUCACCUUCGGCAGGCUGGACUUCGGAGAAACAUCUGUUCUGGACACUUUCUACGAUGCAGACAUUGCAGUUGUGGAUAUGAGUGACGUGUUUCGUCAGCCAUCCUUGUUUUACCAUCUGGGUGUGAGGGAGAGCUUCGACAUGGCCAACAACGUCAUCUUGUACCACGACACAGACCCGGACACUGCUCAGUCGCUGAAGGACAUGGUGGCACAGAAAAACACGGCAUCCAGUGGUAACUACUACUUCAUUCCGUACAUAGUGACGCCUAACCACGAGUAUAUGUGCUGCGAGAGCGACGCCCAGCGUAGGGCAAGCGAGUACAUGCAGCCCAGCUGGGACAACCUGCUCGGGCCGCUUUGCGUGCCCCUCACCGACCGUUUCACCAGCCUGCUGAAGGACAUCCAUGUCACCUCCUGUGCCUCUUUUAAGGACACCCUGUUGAAUGACAUCAGGAAGGCCAGAGAGAAAUAUCAGGGAGAAGAGCUGGCAAAAGAACUUUCACGCAUCAAACUCCGCAUUGACAACACUGAGGUUCUCACACAGGACAUCGUGAUGAACCUCCUAUUUUCCUACAGAGACAUACAGGACUACGAUGCUAUGGUGAAGCUGGUGCAGACUCUGGAGAUGCUGCCCACUUGUGACCUGGCAACCCAGCCCAUGAUCCAGUUCCACUAUGCCUUUGCUUUAAACAGGAGGAGCAGUCCAGGCGACAGGGAGCAGGCUCUCGGCGUGAUGCUGCAGGUGUUGCAGUCAUGUGAACAUCCAGCGCCAGAUAUGUUCUGCCUCUGUGGGCGGAUCUACAAGGACAUCUUUCUAGACUCAGACUGCAAAGACACAAAGAACAGAGACAACGCCAUCCAGUGGUACAGGAAGGGUUUUGAGCUUCAGCCAACUCUGUACUCUGGAAUCAACCUGGCUGUCCUCCUUAUUGUUGCUGGCCAACAAUUUGAGAGCUCCAUUGAAUUAAGAAAAAUAGGUGUGAGGUUGAACAGUCUGCUGGGGCGCAAAGGUUCCUUAGAGAAAAUGAAUAACUACUGGGACGUGGGCCAGUUCUUCACUGUUAGCAUGUUGGCUAGCGACAUCCCCAAAGCGACCCAGGCCGCCGAGAAGCUCUUCAAACUCAAACCACCUCUCUGGUAUUUGCGCUCAGUGGUGCAGAACCUGCAGCUGAUUCAGAGGUUUAAGAAGCAGCAGGUGGAACUUUCUCCGCUGCGAGAGAAACUCAACUUUUGGAUGGACAUUAUUGUCGAGGCCACACAAGGCACCACAAACCGACUGCGCUUUCCGGUGUUGAUCCUGGAGCCGACUAAAGUGUACCAGCCGUCCUACGUGUCCAUUAACAAUGAGGCUGAAGAGAAGAACGUCUCCAUCUGGCAUGUUUCUCCAAAUGAUACGAAAGGGAUUCACGAGUGGAACUUCACUGCACUGUCCAUCAAAGGCAUCAGUAUCAGUAAAUUUGACGAGCGUUGCUGCUUCCUGUAUGUUCACGAUAACUCAGAUGACUUCCAGAUCUACUUCUCCACUGAGGAUCAGUGCGGUCGGUUCUGCUCCAUGGUGAAGGAGCUGAUAUCUGACGGUACGGGGAACGCAGCGGAACUCGAAGGCGAGGGAGAUGGAGACACACUGGAGUAUGAAUACGACCUCAAUGAGACGGGGGACAGGGUGGUGUUGGGUCGGGGCACAUAUGGAGUGGUGUAUGCUGGGAGGGACCUCAGCAACCAGGUCCGAAUUGCGAUCAAAGAGAUCCCAGAGAAAGACUGCAGGUACUCUCAGCCCCUUCAUGAAGAGAUCGCUCUUCACAAGUACCUGAAGCACAGGAACAUUGUUCAGUACUUGGGCUCGGUUUCUGAGGAUGGAUACAUCAAGAUCUUUAUGGAACAAGUCCCUGGAGGAAGCUUGUCUGCAUUGUUGCGAUCUAAAUGGGGUCCGUUGAAGGAGGCGACUAUAAUCUUCUACACUAGACAGAUCCUGGAGGGGCUCAGAUACUUGCAUGAAAACCAGAUUGUCCACAGAGACAUCAAGGGUGAUAAUGUGUUGGUGAACACCUACAGUGGCGUCUUGAAGAUCUCUGAUUUUGGUACCUCGAAGCGGUUGGCGGGAGUCAACCCCUGUACAGAGACUUUUACAGGUACUCUGCAGUACAUGGCUCCUGAAAUCAUUGAUAAGGGCCCUCGGGGUUACGGGGCCCCAGCUGACAUCUGGUCUUUGGGAUGUACCAUCAUAGAAAUGGCCACUGGGAAACCUCCCUUUCACGAGCUGGGGGAACCGCAGGCGGCCAUGUUUAAGGUGGGAAUGUUUAAGAUCCAUCCAGAGAUCCCCGAGUCCUUGUCGGUGGAGGCCAAGUCCUUCAUUUUGCGCUGCUUUGAGCCAGACCCUCACAAGAGAGCCAUCGCCUCAGACCUGCUCAGAGACAUGUUUGUCAAACACACCACCAAGGGCAAGAAGAGCAAAAUCGCCUUCAAAUCAUCAGACUGCGUCCAGAGCUUUUGCCUGCCGGUGCAGUUGCAGUGCGAGGCGGCAGGGAGCAGCAGCAGCGAGCACGGCUCCGUCAGCCCGGACUGUGACUCCAAACACGACAUGUUCUUCCAGAAGAAGAAAAGCUCUGGAUCCGAAAACCUGCUUAAACCGCAAAACUCCAGUUACCUGAGUGUUCCUGAUGAGGGCUUGGUGUCCGAGGACCGCAGCACUACUCCCUCCCCUGAGGACAGGGAUGGCGGCCUGUUCCUGCUCAAGAAGGACAGCGAGAGGCGGGCCAUUCUGUACAAGGUCCUCAAUGAAGACCAGGAGAAAGUCAUCUCCAACCUGAAGGAGAACCACAUCCAGGGCAGCGAGGAGCUCCAGCUGUCUGUCGAGCACAUCAAGCAGAUCAUCUGCAUCCUUCGAGACUUCAUCCAUUCCCCAGAGAGGCGUGUUAUGGCCGCCACCAUCUCCAAGCUCAAGCUGGAUCUGGACUUCGAUUCCACCUCCAUUAACCAAAUCCAGUUGGUGCUCUUUGGGUUCCAGGACUCGGUGAACAAGGUUCUGAGGAACCACCACAUCAAACCUCACUGGAUGUUUGCGAUGGAUAACAUCAUUCGCCGAGCCGUGCAGGCUGCCAUCACCAUCCUCAUACCAGAGCUGCAGACCCACUUUGGACCGGCGUCGGAGUGCGAGGGGGCAGAGAAAGAAGACGAGGUUGAUGAGGAAGAGGCUGAGUUCAGCAACGUCUUAGUUCCUCCCACUGACCACUCCUGGGCGGCACAUGACCAUGUCACCGCCACAGUGAACCCCCUAAACCCCGCCCACUUGCAGGAGCAUCAGCGCUCACAUCACCCUCUGGGGAUUCAGCUGGGACGACUCAAACAGGAGACCAGCCGGCUGCUGGAGGAGCUGCUCCACAAGGAGAAGGAGUACCAGCAGGUCCUGAAGGCCACGUUACAACAAAGAACACAUGACCUGGAGCUCAUCAAAGUCAAAUGCAGACCCUCAGACAUUUCACCUCCCUCCAUUUUCCAUGUCCCAGCGGACCUCGAGCCAGACAGGAAACUUACUGAUUGGCUGAAAGAGCAGGGGGCGGACCUGACCACAAUAGAUAAGUUUGUGCUGGAGGAAUACACACUGAAUGACAUUCUCAGUGAUAUCAGCAAAGAUGACCUCCGCUGUCUACACCUACGGGGUGGAAUGCUCUGCCGCAUCUGGCGGGCGAUCCAGCGGCACCGAGAGCGACCAAGGACCGACAAAUGCACAGAAGACGCAUGAUGCAAUAGAUGGACUGCAAAUGCGGAGGACUGUUUAUUUUUUUGUUGUCGUAUUUAUUUCGGGAAUACUUGCUUUUGUGAAAUGUGAGCGUUUUACUUCAUAAAACUCUCACAUUUCACAAAAAUGAGGAAAUCAAGUGUUAAGGCGGCUGCAUUCUUCGCCUGAGUAAACUCUUGACAGUGUGCGAGUCAUCCUGUCAUUGUGUAACACGUUCUGCAACGUUCUCCUUAUGAUCUGUGUUUUAUUUUGUUGUUUCCUGUGCAUACAAGCAGGACGUAAUGUCAGUAGCCUUUGCUGUAAUCCUGGUUUAUUGAUUCAGCUGCACUUUUGUACACUCAAAACGUGAGACUGACACAGCAAGCGAAAUGUCGCAGUCUGAAAGUUACGAGAUUUGGCGCGCCUUUUUGUCAUCUGUCUCUCGGGCGAAGUAUACAGCCAAGUUUGGGGCCAGGCAGUCACAGGUUGGGAUGUAGAUUUCAGAAUUGGGGCUUGAAGCUUUUAAUGUCGUGACUGUUCACAGGUUGUGGUGCUUCUGUUAUGUGUCAAUGUGGGCGCAAUAAAAAUACACAUACAUACCAUAAAUCAAAUGUUACAGCCGUUAGCUAAAAAUAUUUAGCUGAACUGUGUUGUACGUGAGCGAACGAAUGGAAGAAUUUGCUAGCAAACAACCUCAACAAGCUGAUGUUUGCGUUAGCGGUCCAGUCUGGCUAGCGUGGUGCGUUGUGGUACUGGCUGAGCUACACUAGCUAGCGUCACAUUUCAUCACAUUUGAAUUGGCGUAUUUUCAUGAGUAUGUUGUGUUUUUUUUCCCCGGUUUGGGAGGUCCUGCAACUAAUAUACCAAAAUGAAUGAACUAUUAUCAUGUAGGACAGGGGUGGGCAAUUAAUUUUUACAAGGGGCCACAUAGGGAGCCUGAAUUAUGUCCGACGGCCACACCAUGGAUAA